AUGGAGCAUCGCCCUUUCUGCUGUAGCGUGAAAGGCUUUGUGAAGAAGCUGCGGCUGGUGUUCGGCCUCCUGGCGGUGGUGUGCUGCAUCGCGGACGCGGCUCUCAUUUACCGGAAGCUUCUCUUUAACCCAAGCGGUCCCUAUCAGAAAAAAGCGAUUCACGACGAAAUAUAAACUGUGUCACUGCAUAGCCCUUCCCAGUA